CUUAAUUCAAAACAUCAUCCUUUUGCCAUUAUUUAUUUUUAACCUCAUUUACUCGCUUUCAUUUAUAUCUUAGCCUUUUUUCUUCCCUUGUCCUUUCCGAGCAUCGAGACCAACUUUUCCCCCCACUCCUUCCUUCCUCCAAAAUGGAUUAUCGCGCUGCUGCAACCCGCCAGCUAAAGGAAGGAGCCGCGGCUGGCAGUCCAGCAUCCAACAAGGGAGGCGCAGCGGUAACAGUUCAGCCAGCAGCAGCACCGGCACCGGCACCAGCAGCAACAACGGCACCCGCACCAACGCCGGUUACAAAUGCGACGCCAAAUGCAACUACAUUGGGUGUAGCAGUCAGCGGGGAUUUAAACAAGAUGAAGGCCAAUGCAUCUGGAAAGACCAACGGCAAUUCCACCAAUAACAAGAAAACCACAAACUUUGGCGGAAGCGCGCCACUUUCAUACGCGGCGACGGCGGCAGCAAAGAAAUUAGCGGCCACUACAAGUGCCGCCACAGCUGCUGCUGCAGCUGCUGCGGCUGCUAUUUCGGCUGCCUCUGCCUCUGCCCCUGCUUCGGAUUCUGCCCCCGCUGCUGAGAGCAGCUCAAUUGCGGUAGCGCGGAAAAACGGGUCAGUGCGCGCAGCUCCUUCACAACCCCUUACCUCGUUAGUGAAUGCCAAGGUUUGCCUCACCCUGAUCAAUGGCAGCACCAUUGAGGGCGUUGUCUUCACAUACGAUGUAUACAGCGGAGUAGUCGCACUGAUAUCCGAAACCACUGGCGAUGCGCUGGCCGAGCAGCAGCAACUCGGGCAGAGCAAUGGCAGUCCGAGUCUUGGUGGAAAUGCCAAGCAGCAGCAGCGCACACAGAUUCAUAUCAUCAAGGCGGCAAAUAUCAAGGACCUGCAGGUGACAGAUAAAUCUGGGGAUUUGGUACUCCCGGAGGUACGUCCUGUGGCUACCAGUGUAAUUGAGGCUCGCAAGCAGCGUUCGAUUUUGCAGGCGCGGGAGAGGGCGGCGCGUAUUGGAGUUGGGGUGAGUGACGUGGCUCAGUCAAUUUUCGAGGCUCUUUCGAGGACGCUUCCUUGCCGGUGGAGCCAGAACAAGAUUGUUGUUUUGGACGAGGUUGUUAUUGAGUCUCCGUAUGGCGUUGAAAAUUGUCGGGAGCUGGCUUCGGGAUCCUUUUCGCUGCAGCGUGUUAAGAAGGUGCUCCAGGGUGAGCUCAACCGCAUAGCUGUUGCACAGACUGCCAACACUGCUGCUGUCACCUGAUAACCAUAUAUUUUGUUAAUGUCAUUGUUGGUCAAUUUUUUUGUUGAUUUUUUUCUCUCGGGUCGGUUAUAAAAAAAUUCAAUUGCAU